CAGAUAUUUAAACGUCAAUGUCAUUCUUCAAUGUUUUGAUCAUAUUUGUAAAUACAAAUUUUAAUAUAUUUGAUAUUAUUUUAGUAUUUUGACUUACCUUUAUCGAACCUGUGAUAUAAUUUUAAUAAAAAUAAAACGAUGUCUCAAGCUAAUGUAAAGGUCUGUGAUAUUGGUCCAGAAGUUAAAGAAGCUCUGAGGAAAUUUCGAUUCCGAAAGAAUAACAAUAACGCUGCCUUAAUAUUGAAAGUUGACAGGGAACGGCAAGCUAUAUGCAUCGAUGAAGAAAUAGAGGAUGUUGCAUUAGAAGAUCUACAGGAUACUUUACCCGGACAUCAGCCGAGAUAUGUCAUUUACAGUUACUGCAUGGAGCAUAAAGAUGGCAGACUUUCCUAUCCGAUGUGUUUCAUUUAUUAUACUCCAAGAGAUAGUCAGAUGGAACUGCAGAUUAUGUAUGCUGGCACAAAAUUGGCGCUUCAGCAUGAAGUAGAAUUAACUCGUUCAUAUGAGGUACGUGAGCUAGAUGAAUUAACAGAAGAUUGGUUACGUGAAAAAUUAUCUAAAUGAUUAUUUAAAUUAUUUAGAUAAAUUGCAUUUAUACAGUACCC